AUGAUACAGCUUAAGAUUUUAGAUAAGAAUCGGACUUGGCUUCAGCUUGAAUCAAUCCUUGUCAACAUCGACUCUUUGUAUUCAAAGUGUAGAACAGCUAUCAAUUGUUUUAUUUUACUUAAUUGCAAAAAAAAUAUAAUGUCAUGUCUUGGCAAUGAUGCGAGUUUACAUUCGCCCAAUCAAAUUAGUUCUCCGAAUGGUGCUUAUCAUGCCGUGAUGCAAGAUGAUGGCAAUUUUGUACUUUAUUCAACACCUUCUCGAAAGCCACUUUGGGCUUCUAAUACAAAUGGGAAAGGUCAAGGUCCCUUUCGUGUAACUAUGCAAGACGAUGGUAAUUUGGUUAUAUACGAAACAUGUGGAAAGCCAACAUGGUCAUCUAAUACAUAUUAUAAAGGAACUAAACCAUAUCAAUUAGUUAUGCAAGAUGAUGGUAAUCUCGUUAUUUAUGAUUGCAAUCGUCAUGCAACUUGGGCAACUGAUCCUCUUCGUCAUUGA